CCACAGCAAGCCCGUGAUCGUCUGGGAGUUGAUUAACCCUCCGCCAUGUUUAGGGUUGCGGUAUGCUCUUGAAAAGUGCCGCAUCAGGCUGCUUCUCGGCCCGUAUCAGACAUUUCUCAUCACCGGCAUGCCAGGCAUCUGUUUAUAUAUCACAGUCACACAAUCCAUACAUUAACUUGGCAUUUGAAGACUGGGUGUAUUCAAACUUAGAUCUGACAAAAAGGAGGCUUUUGUUCCUGUGGAGAAAUGAGCCAGUGGUUGUGAUUGGACGACAUCAGAAUCCAUGGCUGGAGUGUGACAUCAAGAGACUUUCAGAAAAAGGAGUAAAGCUUGCCAGGAGAAAAAGUGGAGGUGGAGCGGUUUAUCAUGAUUUAGGUAAUUUGAAUGCUACAUUCUUUACUCAUCGGUCUGCAUAUAACCGCCAUGAGAACUUGGCACUUAUUGUCAAGACUCUGAGGGACAGAUGGAAAUUAGAUGUUAAACACUCGUCUAGAGAUGAGAUUGUGCUUAAUAAUCAAUUCAAGAUAUCUGGCACAUCAUCUAAACUAGGGCGACUAACAGCAUAUCACCACUGCACAUUACUUCUCAAGGUUGAUCUCCAUACUUUGGGGGAUAUUCUUAACCCAACUUAUACUGGUAUCAGAAGUAAUGCUACAGCUAGUGUUCGAGCAAAAGUCAAGAAUCUGUGCUGUAUUGAACCAACGCUGGGUUUUGAAAGGGUCUCUCUAGCUAUAGGAGAACAGUACUUGGCAAAUUAUGGCGACAAAAGUAUUUCCUCUGAGGCUGAGUUCAUCAACCCGGAAAGUGAAAGCCAUUAUCCAGGAAUCACUGCAAUGGCCGAGGAAAUUAACUGUUGGCCGUGGACGUACGGAAAGACGCCUAAAUUUCAAGUGCCCUUCUUCACAACACUCUCGUGCGGACACGUGACAUUGGAUUUCUUUUCCUACCAUGGUGUUAUUACCCAAGUGAAAGUUUCCUUAAAUGGGGAGCAAAUGCCACCUUCGUCUCUGUUGGGAAGACUUGCUCUUCACCUCCAAGGUACUACUAUUGCAGAGGCGAAUCGAGGAAUUUCCUUCUGUAGCACUGUGGCUAUGCCUUUUUAUUACCCCUUCCCCUUGAAUUGGACUCGUUUCUGCAAUGAAAAAGGCACGUCAUCAGUGAUUAGCAAGCAUGAGGAACACAAGAAAACAAGCCCCUUGCGAGCAGUUGACACUGUUAGAACACACUUACACAGUCGCUCAGAUCAUUGUUUUCUUCAUGUUCUCGUAAACAGUACUAGAGAAUGCAAUUAAAAAAGUCAGUUUGUGUGAACUGUGA